AUGAUUGGCAUCGUGCGACGUGUAGCCGCUGGGCGAUACACUUCGAGCAUCCGGUCCGAGACCCCGCCGAUUAGCCAGAUGGGGGCCGUUUUGCUGGUCAAGCCUCAUUUCGCACCUCUAACCCCAUCUUGCACACCUCCCGGCUCUGGUACGACCACUAGCCCGGGUACUAUGAAUAGCAUGGCCAGCAUGGACAACAUGAAUAGCAUGAAUAGCAUGGACAGCAUGGAUAGCAUGGACAGCAUGGAUAGCAUGGACAGCAUGGAUAGCAUGGAUAGCAUCCCUGCCGUGGGGAAUGACUGCAUCAACUACGCGACCACGGCUUGA